UAUUCAAGGAUUUUUCAUGCAGAUUGGUGGUACUGUAUUUGUUUCAUUUAAAACAUUAGCUUCUCUUCUUUGUAGCUCUUGAAUAUUUGCAUGUUAGUGUAUUAUUAGUGUAAAAUUCCACAGUAUGACUUGUGAUUUAGUCUCUUUUACUUGGUAAUACUAUCACCUGUCUGUUUUUUUGAGAUGCUUAAAUAAAUAGACUCAUUCUAUACACUCAUUUUUAUGUUUUGUUUUUGUGGCAACGGAUGCAGAUUGCUGUAUUUUUUGAUGGACUUUAAAUGAUUUUAGGCCUAUAUUUAAAAUAGUAUUUUAGCCUGUCAUGGCAUUAAAUGCAUACUACAAUAAAAUACACAGUGAACAUAGUUCACACUGCAGGAUGACAUGGCUGUAGGAGGUGAAAUUCUCCUUUAGUUACCUCAAUAUGUGCAUGUUUUUUCGGGCAAAAUACUUGAAAGAUUGCAUGUGUUUUCUUAAAAUAGGCAAAGGGCAGUUUCAGCUUAUCCUCUUAAAGGGACAGCUUGUUCACAUUUUUCUGCACUCCUACCCACCAACUAACUGCAUCCUUUCCCACCAGUGACCACUGAAAUCUAACCUUUACAUUUGACUUUGUAGCCUUAAUUGGUUUGACUUUGGCUGCCUUAAUGACGGAGAAAAUGUUCCAGACCAGACACUGAAUCAAGAAUAAUCCCCAAACCAUUUUUGUGUAUUCUGAUUAUGCACAGUCAUUGUCUAAGAUCUGCUCUCUCUUGGCACCCACUGAAACCUACCUACUUGUAAUUAUUAGCAUGGCAGGAACAUAUUCCCAAACCUAAUAUCAAAAGUAAAUUUUAUUGCAUAUAAGACAAGGUCUAUAGAAUUUCUCUGGCAUUGAGGCAAUUUGAUAAGCAGUAGUGGUUCAAAGGCAAGAGAACUGAAAUUAUAAAACUUCACCGGUGUCCAGUUGGAGUUGAUCUGACUUACUAUCUAACCCUAAUGUGUAACAUUAAUUCCUAAUUAGAGAACAGAAACAAGGGAAAUCUCACUUAAUGUCACCGCUUAUCAGCUGUCACGCCCUAAAGCAGCUAGUCUCCUUCAGCCUCCCUUUUCAAAAACACCUUGCAGUAUUGUAGGGGUGUAGUGGUAUGUGACAUACAGUAUCUCUGAAUGUUAUCUCCAACUCAGUCACUUUAUUUUGCUCGUUUAAUGGGUUUGCUGCUGGGUGACAUGCCCGUGCAUUACACCCGGGGACGGGAAAGAAUAGUCUGUCCUGACGCCCAGCAUGUGAUGACACUACCGUGUUCAGCCACACAGACUGAAUGGAGAAGUAUGACAGACGUCUUACUUGUAACUACCCCUGAGGUUUCAAAAUGUUCACAUGAAUGGAACACUUAAGUUGUAAGUAACAUACCGUUAUUUGUAUCUAAUCUGAAAACAACUGCAUGGUCAGACACUAUUAAGUGGUAUAGAAUAUCAAUUAAGUAAAUUUCAUUAAAUUUAAUCAAUUAAAAUUCUAUACUUGUAUUCUAUACUAUAGUAUAGUGAUAUUUAAUGAAUUACCUUUAAAGGAGCAUCCCAUAAAGAUUCAAACAUCCACAUCUAACAGUGAAAAGGGGUUGGAAACCCAACACAUAAUGCAUAAAGGUGUUGUAUAUUUGAAGGAUCAGAGAGGAGUGAGGUAGCUGGUUUAUUACAGGUCAUGUUAUCAUUUGUACUUCAUCUACGAGGAAGAAGAGGGGCAGGCCUUUUAUCUGUAUAGGUUUCGACUGUGUUUGUUUCUGAGAGAACAAAUUGACAGAAGUAAGAAGCUCUAAUGGAGGUACAAGACGCUCUUUCAGCCCGUUCACAAGUCAUUACAGCACCUCCAGGCCACAGAUGGCUUCACAGUUAAGAAUCUGGCGAACUUACUGUAGCGACGACUGUCCAUGUCAACAUGAGUCGCUGAUUUAUCCCUCAGCAUACCUCUCACACUGGAGGCAGUACUUCAGAUUGAGUACCCACCCAUACAAUGAAGAAGGCGAGCACAUGCAAUAGAGGAAGUGGGAGCAGCCACACUCAGCUUCUCCACAUGUGCAACUCAGCUGCUGCAUUAUUCAUACCCGGAGAUGCUGCUUCAGUGAGCAGACCAGUAACAGGGCACAAGAGAAGUGUGGGUGGUAAAUUGAAAACUGCUUCAAUGUGACAGGAACAGGAAGUGGUGAACAGAGUGAGAUACCUGGUAAAACAUGAGGCUUGUCGGUUCCUCUCUCCUGACACUGCCUGCACAUCAUCUCAGCGUUUCCAAAUAUAGAUUCAUCAGGCUUUGACAUGUAUUUACCUUAAAUCUGGAGGGAGUAUCUUCAGCCCCGUCCCGCCUGGCACCUGUUUGACCGUUUGGAGGCGAAAUGACACAAAACGGUGCUGGGGCUGGUAAUGGUACCGCAAAAAAGGGAGAAGAGCUUAAAAUUGUGAUCGUUGGAGAUGGAGGCUGCGGGAAAACAUCUCUUCUGAUGGUUUAUGCUAAAGGUGAUUUUCCGGAGAAAUAUGCGCCAUCAGUGUUUGAAAAGUAUGUCACCACUAUCUCUCUCGGAGGAAAGGAGAUAAAACUCAACCUGUAUGACACAGCAGGACAGGAUGACUAUGACAGACUACGGCCGCUUUCAUACCAAGAGGCCAAUUUGAUCCUAGUCUGCUUUGACGUGACCAACCCCAACAGCUUUGAGAAUGUCCUGAUAAAGUGGUUCCCAGAGGUGAACCACUUCUGUCGGGACACACCGGUCAUCCUGAUUGGCUGCAAGACUGACCUCAGGAAGGAUAAAGAGUGUGCAAGGAAACUGAAGGCCAUGAAUCUGGCUCCCAUCACUUAUACGCAGGGUGAGGAAACCCGGCAGCAGAUGAAUGCACAGCUCUACCUAGAGUGUUCGGCUAAGUAUCAGGAGAACGUGGAAGACAUUUUCAGAGAGGCCACCAAAAAAGCGUUGGCCUUCAUCCGAAAACAGAAGAACUAUAAGAGGAAGAAGAAAUGUGUCAUUUUGUGAAGUGAGAAAGGACAGAGGCUUGAGGACCCCACUCCUCUGCAGGCGAGCGCCACUGGUGAUCGCUUCAUGUUUCACAUUUAGGGCUGUUGGACACCCAGACACCAAGAUGCUUGGUGUCAUAGACAGAUGCGGAAGAAGGUGGCUUAGUCCCUGGAAGUUUGGGCCCCACUGAAUCAUGAGCACGUUUCCCUUUACCGUCAAAGAAAAAUGACUAAUGAGGCAAAGGGAAAGACAAUUUCGCAAAGAAGUUGCAGCGUUGAGAUUUUAUUAAGUGGUAUACAACAUGAAAUGCUCUUUAUCAAUGUAUUUUUACUUUUGUGUAAGUGUUAUUUUUACUAUUUUUUUUCUAAUGCAAAACUUUGUACUGUUUGAAAACCAAUGUAUUUUAUUAAAAAGUAUAUUUAUUAGUGGAAUUUGAACAGUAAGUUUUUGUAAUGUCAACUUGGAUUUUUCAGAGAACUUUUAAUAGUGUCAGUUUAAAUGUCUGUCCGGCCUGAUCUUGUUCAAAAUCUGCUACUGGAAAACAAAUACUGUGAUAAAAUAGUUGAAAUUGAAUCGAUAAUGGCACCUCAGCUUUAACAGUCUUCAGAAAAAAAACCCAAAAAACAAACACUUUACUGGAAACUUCAUUUCCAGUAAAACAUAACACUGGCCUAGAACUUGUUUUGAAGCUGUGUCAACUCAAGCACGGCUCUUAUCUUUAACAUCAGCGCCCACUAGUGUUGGCAAACCUGAAUGUGUCACAGAGUAGACUGAUGAUGUGGCCUUGAAAAUAAAUACAAUUGCUUUAUGUCUCAGUGCACAAGAAACACAUAAAUAGCUUAAGUUUUUAAAUUAAGUUUUUAAUUAUUAAUAUUUUUUAUUUUUUU